CAAGUCCGUGCCCUCUUCCCCCAAUUCAGCCUUUCCCAGAGCCUCCCACAUCCUAUUUGUGCCACCUCGACGCCCCCCGUUUCUCAUUCGGCCCCCCAAAGAUCAAAUUUGCUAAAAAGUUUUUCAUUAUUGUUGACACGGUCUUGUUGCGAGGAAAUACUGUAGCCCACAUCCCCAAACGCGUGGAGCAGGCAGAUUGAAAUCUCUUUCCUGGGACGUGAUGGCGUCGUCGACUAUUGCUCGAUUUCCUUCUUUCUGUUCCAGAUCUUCAUCUUCUUCAUCUACUACUCCGUUAUCGCAUCUUUGGAUCUCUGUUUCCACAGUUUCUACGCCCGGAGUUUCCCCCGCACCUCUCCUGCACCGGCGACCUCUGCAUCUCUCACGGACCCUUACAAAAUCAUUGAACUCCCCCACACACGUCAAGCUGGCUCCCUCACGGUCAUCACCAUCCACUCGUCUGAGUCUCAUCUCUAGACACCUGGAAGACCACCAUCAGUCCUCCUACCCUCCCAUAAACACUCCAUAUACCAUUGAGCGAGACUCAGUACCUGCUUCCGCCGACGAUCUUCCCUACACACGACCACUCUCACGAUCACCUUCUCAAACACAAAAGAGACAGCUAUCGACAUCAUCAGCCGCCAGAAUGUCUGCACAACCUCCCCAUCCUACCCUCCUGAUCCCAGGACCUAUCGAGAUCAGCGAUGAAGUCUCACAGUCCAUGAGCCACUAUGCGCAAUCGCAUGUUGGACAGCCUUUCGUCAACGUCUUCGGCGAGACGUUGACUAUGCUCCGCGAUCUCUUCCAGACCAAGAACCCGAACUCUCAACCAUUCAUCAUCGCCGGCAGCGGCACUCUCGGUUGGGACCUCACGGCCGCCAACCUGGUAGAGCCCGGUGAGGACGUAUUGGUGCUACAUUCCGGCUACUUCGCAGACUCUUUCGCCGAGUGCUUCUCCAUCUACGGCGCAAAGCCCAAGCAAUUGAAAGCUCCCAUUGGAGACAGACCACAGCUCCCGGAAAUCGAAGCCGCUCUGAAAGAGAAGAAAUACAAGGCUAUCACAGUGACACAUGUAGACACCUCGACCGGCGUCCUGUCGCAGAUCCAAGCACUGUCCGACCUCGUUCGCAAGGUGUCCCCAGACACCCUACUGGUGGUGGACGGCGUCUGUUCCGUUGGAGGAGAAGAGCUCCACUUCGAUAACAUGGGCAUCGACGUGGCCCUGACCGCCUCCCAGAAAGCCAUUGGCUGCCCUCCCGGCCUGUCCAUCAUGAUGGUGUCAGAAAAGGCCAUGAACGUGUUCAAGUCGCGGAAGUCACCACCAGGAAGCUACUACGCCAGCUUCAAGAACUGGCUUCCCAUCAUGCAGAACUAUGAGGCAAAGAAGCCUUCCUACUUCGCAACACCACCAACGCAGUUGGUUCAAGCACUCAACACUGCCCUGAAACAGCUUCUAUCUCAACCUCUUGAAGCCCGCUUCGCUCAGCACCAGAAGAUCAGCAAGUACGUCAAGUCCGAACUCACUAAGAUGGGUCUCAAGCAAUUACCUACGGAUCCUGCCAACGCUGCCAACACCAUGACUGCAAUCUACCUGCCCGAGGGUCUGACGCCUCCUGAGAUUCUGCCCAAGUUGAUGGCGCAGGGUGUUGUGUUUGCCGGUGGUCUGCACAAGGAGAUUGCCGCAAGAUACAUUCGGUUCGGACAUAUGGGCGUGAGCUCCAUGGACGAGGCAAGAGGAGAUAUCGAUAAGGCACUAAAUGCUCUGAAGCAGGGACUCGCAGAGGUCGAGAAGGCUAAGAAAUAGAGCUCAAAGGAUACUAUUACGGUUGUAUUUGACGUGGAAGGAGACUGAGUCUAGGUGCAUACAUAUUGCAUAUGGCGGCAUGUCGGACGCCGCCAGCGCAUGGGAUGAUUAGGACGUAGAGAAAAAGUAUAUGUGGUUUUUAUACGAGGAUGAUGCUUCGAAGGUUUUCGUCGCAUCGAGAAUGAAUAUAUGAGUUCAAUCCG